AUUGUCGCAAGUAGGAGUUGUGAUGACCCACCGCCAAGAAUGGAAGUUAUCUGUAGACGCUUCAGGAAGACAAUACAUUUACAACGAAAAAUUGGGUUGUUCUAGGUGGUUAUGGGAAAGAUAUUAUGAUGAAAAUACCAAACACUUUUACUUGUGUAACGUAUUGACUGGACAAUCAGUAUGGGAAGCAACAACACCUGUGCAACCUACCUAUUUGCAAACACAACCCGCAACUCCUAUGCAAAAGGUGGUAACAAACGCAGUCAGUGCUCACCCAACCAAAAAUGUUUUACCCAAAAAAACAGAAAAUUGGAAGCAAACAAACGAAGUAGAGUUUUUUACGCCAGAUGGAAGAAAAUAUUAUUGGGACCCUGUCACGAAAACUUCAAGAUGGGCAAAUGAAUCAACAAACUUGGAGAAUAACAGGCCAAAUCUUUCUCAACAAACUUUGCAGUCCAAACAAAUAACUUCAAGUAAAAAGGUAUCAAUCAAGUGGAAACAGUUGAGUUCCGAAAAACAACUUGUCAACUCUCAAAAACUGGAUACACCUUUCAAAGAACCCAAGUGGGAAACGACAAGCUUAGCGAAAGAUGCUAGCUCAACUUUAUCUUCUGACCAAAAUAGACAAGAUAUUAUGGAAACUAGUGUCCAGUCUAACAGUGUGGCAACAUUAUCUGACUCAAAUAGUAUUGUACAGAGUGUAUCCGAGAUAAAUAUGGAUGGCAAACAAGGUUUACGUCAAGAUGUCAACGGGAAUGAAUCUAUUGACUUGAAUAUGAAUCAGAGACUUCCUUUGCGUGUAAAGAAAAGAAAGAAGAAACUUAAAGGAAGUAGCGAAGAUGGUUCCCAAUUGAAUACAGUGGAGCCUGUAAUUAUGAAAGCUGAUGCCUCUGUGAGAAUUAUAGGAACAUGUGUUGAACUGGAGAAGCCAUAUUUACGACUAACCUCGGUUCCUGAUCCAAAAGAUGUAAGACCCUAUUCUGUGCUGAAAAAGGCACUAGGUCGUGUGAAAAACAAAUACAAAAAGAGAAAAUGGUCAUAUAAUUAUACAUGUGAGCAGUUGAAAAGUAUACGGCAAGACAUGACUGUACAAGGAAUUGAAGACGCAUUAGCUGUACAAGUCUAUGAAACUCAUGGCCGAUUGGCUUUGGAAAAUAAUGACAUGGACGAAUUUAUUCAGUGCUUGACCUGUUUGUCCCAACUUUAUCCAAAGGUAGAAUCCGAGCACAGGAUUGAAUUUGUUGCUUAUCGAAUUCUAUACGCUACAUAUGUGAACUCCAAGGACCUUUUGACCUCGAUUCUUUGUGACUUGGGCCGAAAGGAAAAAAGUUUAUGGGAGGUUUCUCACGCCACACAAGUUUGGAAAUCUGUAUCAAUUGACAAUUGGAAUCGAUUUUUUUUCCUCUAUGCACAUUGUCCCCACCUUGGAUUUUACUUGAUGGAUAAGAUGAAGAAUAGGGUGCGGCAAAGUGCGUUGAAUCAUUUGAGGAAAGCAUUUAAAGUGGAUAACAUUGAAAUUGAGUUUCUAAGCAAGAAUUUUGGGUUUGAGAAUAUAAGCGAAUGUAUUCAAUAUUUCGAAGAAAAUGAAUUUAUUUUUGACGAACACAAAAAGGAAAUUAUCAUCUCCAAAUAAUAGAACUUUUAUUUUAAAUGCUGUAAAUUUUGAAAAAGUUUGAUAUGGUUGCAUUCUCAUUUCUAUUAACAUUGUUAAUUAUUACACGAAUAAAAAACAUUUAAAAAGC